CGAGAGCCCGAUGAACCGGAAGAGACGUUAGUGCUCAUUUUCUAGAAGGGAGACAAAGACACUCUCAGCCACCAUGGCAAACACGUUGAAGGUGUCAGAGAGCAGGGAAAACACUACAGACAAGGAGGAUGACUGCUUCUAUGACUGUGAAGACAUGUUAGCUGCAGAAGAUAUAUUACAGGUGGGACACACUGGCAUAAAACACUUAGAGAUGGCUCAGAAUGAUAGACUGGAAUCAGAUGCUGGGACAGAAAAAGACAACUCUAUAACUGAGAGACUGGGAAACAUGGAUGCCACUGACCAAUCAUGUUUGGGCAACACAUCAGCAGAGGAUUCUGAAGGAUAUGAAGACUCAAUGGAACAAGACCCAGGAUUUGGGGAAGAUGAUAACAAAAAACAGGAGAAAUGGGAGAGAUUUGCAGAAGACAAUGAUAAGAUGGGGAGUGACUCAGAUUCAGAGUUUAAAGAAACAGUCAGCGUGACCGAGUAUGAUGAGGAAUACCUGCGUGAGCUAGAGAAAGACCUGACAGAAGUAGAGAAAGAAAGUAGAAGAAAGGAGAGCUUAGAGCUGAAGGAGAAAGGAAACGCCCAGUUCAAGAGUGGCGAGCAUGUAGAAGCUGAAGAGUCUUACACAGCCGCUCUGCAGGUCUGUCCUGUGUGCUACAGCAAAGAGAGAUCCAUCCUCUUCUCUAAUCGAGCAGCUGCACGCUUGCACCAGGAUAAAAAGGAGGAUGCCAUCAGAGACUGUUCUAAAGCCAUAGAACUGAAUCCAAAUUAUGUCCGUGCCAUUCUGCGGAGAGCAGAACUCUAUGAGAAGACAGACAAGCUUGAUGAAGCCCUAGAGGACUACAAGACUGUCUUUGAGAAAGACCCGAGCAUCCCUGCAGCAAGAGAGGCAUGUAUGAGGUUGCCACAGCAAAUUGAAGAGCGCAAUGAGAAGCUGAAAGAAGAGAUGAUGAGUAAACUAAAGGACUUGGGAAACAUGGUUUUGCGACCCUUUGGCCUCUCCACCUCUAACUUUCAGGUCAACCAAGAUUCCAACACAGGAUCCUACUCUGUUAAUUUUGUUCAGAAUCCCAAUAACAACAACAGAUAGCAAUCUAGCAUCCCUU